CAUAAAAUAUAUAAAUUACAAUUAAAUGUAUCAAAUCAAACUAUACAAACUGCCUGACUGUAUUUCUGUUGUAAUUCCGUUCCCAAAAACGCGCCAAAACAGUGUCGUACUAUUCGUUUACGAAGAUACGUUAUUUCAAGAAUAAUAAGGUGCUUUUUAAAUAAUUCUUAGACUAAAUUAACAAGGAGAAAAGAGAGUUGUAGGGAGAAUGAGUAAUUUUCGAUCUCCAAUGCGAUACAUUUCUCCGAAUGCAAGAGUUUUGACUGCCAAACCUCAAGUGGAACAAACGCUUGAUAUAAGACAAACUCAAAAUAAAGCAAGAAAUAGUAUUACCUGGUUUUUCGUCAACAGUUCUUUACUUGGAAUCCUGGUCUUUGACAUAGUAUAUGGAGGUGCAACAUAUGAACCAUUCUGUUGGGCUGAGUGGUGUUUGGCCUUAAUAUUUGCAUUAAAUGCUGUUUAUCAUAUAACAAAAUAUACAUGGGCAAAUUUUUCUCUGCGGCCAAUUCUGCUGAAUCCUAAGCAAAGAUACCUAUUAGGUAUAUCAGAGGAUGACCCCCUUUUUAAAAAUGAAAGACCAUCGUCUCCAAAAACUUCAGAGCCACCGGUCCCAUUAAAUUUAUCAUGCAUUAGCCUCAAUAGGAGAAUAACCUCACUUGGGUCUACAGGAUUAAGCGAAUCUAAGGACUUUUCAUCGCCGAAUCAGUUUUUUAAGUAUGGUAGCCCUACAUCACAAAAAUCGGUAUCCAGCUCCAAUGGAUCUUUUAAUAAAUCUCUCAAUAUUUCGGCAAAUGGAAAUUUAACAAGUGAAGAUUUGAUACAAAAUGAGAGAGAACUAAAAAAUUAUUUGGAGGAAGCUCACCAAAAAAAACAUGUUUUAUCAACGGAUAUUGAUCAGCCUUCCAAUUUGCUUAGCUCAUUUUGGUCGCAUCCAGCGAUUAGAAGCCCCGGGGAAGUUUCUCCAUUGUUAAGAAGAUGUGCAUACCAAUUAGCACCCAUUAUUGAUAAAUCAAAAUCAGCUAGUCCUGGGAGCGAAGAGGGCAAUUCACCUAGGGGUAUAUUCGGCGCUCCGGAUGUUUGGAGAAAAUAUAGGAUCGACCCAAUUAAAGUAAACGAAUGGACAGCUAAUCUUCGCAUGUGGAUUAGCAAAACAGUUAUUGAACGUGUAGCAACCGAAAUUGAUAAUGUUUGCUUGGCAUUGGUCCGUCAUGGUUUAAGCGAUUCCCAAUUAGGAUGUGUUGGAUUGCAUAGAUUGAGAAAACUUGCACAAGCACCAUUUUUAGUAUUUGCUAUUCCUACUUUACCAACUUUAGUACCUUUUUUAGAACUUUCUAACAAUCAGGAAUAUUUAAUUAAGAGAAUUAAAAUUCUUGCAAAAGGGGGUUCAAUGAGUGAAUUCAAGUGGAAUGGUGGAGGAUCUCACAAUGAUAAAGAAUGGGAUUCUAGCUUGCCAACUGAUUCAGCGAUAGUUAUGCACUUGGUGUCAACGUAUAUGGAUACACAAUUGGAAGCCCCUCUAGAUCAACCCGAUGCACGACCAUUUACAUCGAGGUAUAUGGCUAGAUCAGGAAUAACUUUACCACGUAGCAAAGGUCCCGUGAUAGUAUGCCAAUCUAUAAAUCCACCGCAUUACAGUUUGGCACAUUCUGGAGAUUCAUUGCCUAGCGAUUAUGAGGAAAUACAACGUGGUAGGAACAACUUAUUUCAUACACUUCUGUUAUUUUUAUACAUUGUUAAGACAAGAGAUCACGGUAUGUUAGGCCGUGUUAAUUUGGGUACAUCGGGUAUAAACGUUUUAUGGGUAAUCGAUGGUUGAAUAUCUGAAACCCUAACAAGUGAUAAAAUUACACCGCGCAUAUUCGACUACAUAUCAUUUCUUUUUGUUUUUUUUUAUUAUAUUUCUUUUUAACGAUUUGUUUGUACUUUUAUUGUACAUUUAUCUUAUUUGAAUUAAAAAUAUUUUACGCGCGUAUGUAUCAACAGAAGGAGCAGAAAUCUAUUAUAACCGUUUUGAUACUACGAAUGUUUUAUUCACAGUACUUAAGUAUAUGUACAAAUAAAUGAUAAAUCACGAUCCGCAUACAUUGAAAAUAAAAUUUUAAUAUACUGUUGAACAGCAUAUGAUUGCUGUUUUGCGCGCGUCUUAAAUUUCACUUUACAAAUUUUAUUUGAAUACACAUGAAUACAUAUUAAAACAACUACCGCAGAAUUUUUCGCGGAAUUCUUAAAACUGUCAUCAUAUGACCAAAUAAAUGCGUCAUCCUCGCGGAUCGUAAAUGAAUCUGCAUUCCUAUUCGUGUUCCAUCGAUAUCAUGCCACACGCAAGGAAUGCAAUUACUUUCAACGUUAGCAUUAGCGCCACUUUCUAUACAAUCUCAUAAUUAUUUUUUUUUUUAUUUUGUUUUAUUCCAACGAUCGGAAAUCCAUAUGUCGUAAAAAAUUAUGUUGCACUUUUCGUACAAUUUAUAAUACAUUCUUUGGAUAACGGUUUCUGUACAUUUAAAAUCAAUCGGUAUAUACACCGUUGUUAUGUCAUGAUAAAAUAAUAAUAACGUAUUCGAUAUACAAUUAAAAAGCAACAGAUUCGUUUGUACGUUAGUUUGUAAUUCUGUAAGUCGAAGAUGAUAAUUUUUGAAGGCUAAGCUGUGUUUCACGAAAUCACGACACCUUGACGAUAUCAACGAUUGAUCCGUUCAGAGUAAAUUUAGAAAGAAUUAUCGUUGAGAUCAUCUUACAUUUGUAUUAUUUUAAAAUGACAUCAUAUAUGAAAUUAGAUGAAACGUUUGAUGGUUUCCAGUGAAAUACGACAACAAAAUGGAUUUCAUAAAAUAUUUCUGUACGACUUUUGUACCUUUUUUUCAAAUAUACGUGUGUGCGUGUAUACACGUAUAUAUUUACGCAUAUACAUAUAUAUUUGCGUGCCUACAGAUCGCAAUUAUAAUUGUUUUUUAAUCAACAAUAACCGACGAGAAAAGAGACACACAUAGACACAGUAGAGGGACAUGUACGCAUGGGCGUACACAUACACACAUAAAUCAACAAGUGUUUAAAUAAACUGAUUCGAAACUAUGUGAUACAGGA